GAAGCAACACUGAUUUGUGAAUCAAUUUCACCUGUUGGUAAAUUGUCUAACUUCCACCAGGUGGAAAUUAGACAAUUUGCAAGACAACCCCUAUAAAAGGAAUGGAUUUGCAGGUGGUGGCCACAGACCAUUUGCCUGUCCUCAUCUUUUCUGGCCGAUCUUUGGUUAGUUUUUCAUUUUGCUAGUGCCCUCACCACUAGAGGUGGCAUGAGGCGGUAUCUGCAACCUACAGAAGUUGCUCAGGUAGUGCAGCUCAUCCAGGAUGGCACAUCAAUGCGUGCUGUGGCAAGAAGAUUUGAUGUGUCUCCCAGCACAGUGUCCAGAGCAUGGAGGAGGUACCAGGAGACAGGCCAGUACACCAGGAGACGUGGAGGGGGCCGCAGGAGGACAACAACCCCGCAGCAGGACCGCUAUCUGGUCCUUUGUGCAAGGAGGAACAGGAGGAGCACUGCCGGAGCCCUACAAAACAACCUUCAACAGGCCACUAAUGUGCAGGUUUCUGCUCAAACAGUGAGAAACAGAAUGCAUGAGGAUGGUAUGAGGGCCCGACGUCCACAAUUGGGGCCUAUGCUCACAGCCCAACACCGUGCAGCCCGAUUGACCUUUGCCAGAGAACAUCUUGGUUGGCAGAUUCGCCAUUGGCGCCCUGUGCUCUUCACAGAUGAGAGCAGGUUCACCCUGAACACAUGUGACAGACGUGAGAGAGUCUGGAGACGCUGUGGAGAACGUUCUGCUGCCUGCAACAUCCUCCAGCAUGACCGGUUUGGCAGUGGGUCAGUGAUGGUCUGGGGAGGCAUAUCCUUGGAGGGCCGCACAGACCUCUACGUGCUAGCCAGAGGUACCAUGACUGCCAUUAGGUACCGGGAUGAGAUCCUCAGACCCAUUGUCAGACCAUAUGCUGGUGCAGUGGGCCCUGGGUUCCUGCUCAUGCAUGACAAUGCUCGUCCUCAUGUGGCCAGAGUGUGUCAGCAGUUCCUGUAUGUCGAGGGCAUUGAUGCUAUGGACUGGCCUGCACGUUCCCCAGACCUGAAUCCAAUCGAGCACCUCUGGGACAUCAUGUCUCGUACCAUCCGCCAACGCGAUGUCGCACCACAGACUGUCCAGGAGUUGACCGAUGCCCUGAUCCAGGUCUGGGAGGAGAUCCCUCAGGAGACCAUCCGUCGUCUCAUCAGGAGCAUGCCCAGACGUUGUAGGGAGUGCAUACAGGUUGACUCUGUUGCAAGAACCAUACAAGAAGCCAAAGUGAAGACAGAAUUCAUGAAGACAGCAGAGAGCCUGAUGGCCAUGCUGAAGUCCGCCCAGUACAACGGCUGCUAUUUCAACAGGACAGAAAAGGAAACAAAUCGCCUGUGCACUCAGGAGGGCUGGUUCACCUGCCAGGGAGCCUUUGACCAGGAGGCGUGCAAGUCUCUCCACUCCAUCAAUCCUUAUGGCAACCGAGAGAGCAGAAUUGUCUUCAGCACGUGGAAUCUGGACCACAGGAUCGAGAAGAAGAGGACGGUCAUUCCUGCCCUGCUGGACGCCGUACAGAAUCACAGGAGCAGUGACAUCAACCUCAAUUAUUUCUACUGUCUGCUGUUCACGAGAGACAACCUGAAACUGGUGCACAUUGUGUGCCAUAAGAAAGGAGCCCACAACCUUGUGUGUGACAAGAGGAAAAUAUACAAACAGACAACAUCCACAGACAAAGGGAAAAAAACUGUCAGAGGGAAGCGGCUCCGUGUAUCAUGA